AUGUCCGACUUAGUAGAGUACUCAGUUGUCAACGUGUGUCGAAGCGACGGCCAGGACAAUGGAGCGGGUUACUGGCCAACCCCUGCCGAUACGGCUGCGAAGAACGCGAAGAAGACAGCACUGGAGAAGGUACCAAGAGCGAAACCUCAAAUGGUGCGGUUAGACAAAGAUGACGCAAGAUUUCAAGAGUGGCGCAUAAAGCUGGGAAUCUUGUUGAAGCAAGAACUCUCUCCGACAGAGGGUCUCCCCUGGCUCCUGCAUUUUCCACGGGGCUACUGGCUGUACGAAAAGUCCAAGCAUCUUUGGGUCUCGGGGCAUCCAGUGAAGUCGAAGCUUUACAAGAGCCCGCAGGAAUUUGGUCUUCAUGUCCUAUGGCUCCUGUCCGGCUCGAUGGACCGAGCUGACUGCCGUUGCAUUCACUGCAACGUUCGCGAAAUGCCAAACAUGGAGGAUUUGACUGUCUCGGAUGUUCCUCGGCCUCUGCCAGCAGCGAACAACACUCAGCCACCGUCCAAGAUGCGCAAGAUUACACCUCAAAUACCGCCAGGCGUUGCGGGGUCCCCGAUACCCGUUCCCGCAGCGGCGUCAACGCCUCCCAUCGCGAAGAAGGAGACACCUGUGCCAGUGCCCACCCCAAUGGCGAAGAAGGAAACUCCAGUUCCGAUACCGACGAUACCUUCACGUGCGGUGCCAGCCCCCGCCCCGGCGCAAGCCCCAGUUCAGCCUAAGCCUCCUGUGCAGCAACAGCAGCAGCAGCAGCAACAACAACAACAACAGCAGCAGCACCCUCCUCAGCCGAUCCAGGCAACUCCUGUUCAUCCGCAAGCUCAGGCUCCAUCACAGGUUCCCGCUCAACCUCAAGUCCAGCAACCAGUCCAGCAGCAAAUCCAGCAGCCGACCCAGCAGGAACAGCAAGUGCAGCAACAGCCUGCUCCAGCUCCGACCCAGGCUCAACAGCAGGUUCAACCUCAGGUACAUGCGCCGGCACCGCCGGUCUAUCAGCAACCGCAGUUCCUGCCUUACCCGCCGCCUUACGGUGGAAUUGUAGCUCCGGCGCUGUUCCGCGUCGGAGAACUGGUUUGGUUCCAGAUAUCGUCAGGUUGGCGUUUGGGCAUCGUGGCUGCUACAGGUAUUAUCAACCCUAAUACCAACAAAGCCGAGCUUCAGAUUCUCCCAAUGUCACAUGUCAACUUUAAUCAGUCGCCCAUCCAGACACUGGAAGCGACAACGCGCCCGUUUCUUGCAUUUUCGGUGCCUAACGUCAGCAUUUCGGAUCUACAAAACAAGGCCUACGACGAGGUCGAUUGGGAUGCCUUCUUCCAGACGAUUACUCCGGAAGACACGCACCGCCGCGAGGUUGCGCUACUCGACUCCUCCAAGAUGGCCGCCCAGAAGGUUGGCGUGUCGUUCUCUGUUUUCAGCCGACUUUCCGAGACCAAUGGAGGGAAGAAGAUCGACUACCACGGUAUCUUCCUGGGCGCCGAGCGGAUCGAACUUGGUGAUGUCCUGCGCGUGCGUCUUUCCGCUGAGCAAGGCGUACCUCCCGCGGCGGCGAAUCUCCCCGACGCACUCCUCGGCCUCCGUGAGAUCUGCACCGCGCCUAUCGAUUCACCUGGUAACGCAUUCUUCAAGGGAGAUAUAUACCAGCCCAUCACCGGCGACAACCAACCCGUGGGUGGCAUCCCAGUACCGGAUGACAAACUCCCGCGCCCACUGCGCGACGAGAUUGCGUUCCGCAAUAAGUUUGCCGCGAGCGACCGCUGGCGCUGCGUGCUCCUCAAGCAGAACGCUGUCCUUCGCGAGCCGGAUCUCAAGGGCCGAUUCUACCCCACGCAUAAGCUCCUACCCCUGCUCGAUGGCCAAGCCAAAGUUCUUGCUGAGGUGCAGAAAGGCAUCGUGCGUGACGUGCAGCAGCGACUCAACCAGCGCAUCGACACGUUCAAGACGGCGUACAUUGGCCAGAAGCGGACCCGCGUCGAGACUUUCGGGCCUGCCCUGCCUCCUGGCAGCGUGAUCCAGUUUGAGCAAUCCGUACGUGAGGAUGGCGCCUAG